GUAGCAAUAGACUUUUUAAAGAAGAGAAGAGAAACUCAACGGCGUCCCUCAGUCGUAACCGCGGCGCCAUUCCACCUCCUCACAGCGCCGACACACACGCAGCCGCACGCCUCUUCUUCUAUUUCUAUCGACUGGAGCAGCUCGAAACCCUCCACAAAACAAAGAAGACAGCGGGGUCUCCGGACCGCUUCGCGGCACCCUCCACGAAGCGGGCGCAUUCAUGCACCCUAAAAGAGAGCCGAAUACAUUCUAAAAAGGAAAACAGUAGGAAGCUCUCUCCUCAGCAUACCUAUAUAUAUACCUCUCGCGUUACCCGCUAAACUCAUACUUCUAUCAUUCAUAUUGCCUUGUUUUCUUUUCUUCCAAAAGGAAUGUCGCAGCACUCCAUCUCUGAGCACUCGCGGCUGCUCCGGAAGUUCGACACCUGCCGCACCGCCUUUCUGCUGUGCGACGUACAGGAGAAGGUAGCACCGCACAUCCGCAACUUCCACGACGCCGUCCACGCUGCGAAUGCGCUGGCGGCGGUGUACACGCUGCUCGGGCCCGCGCAUUGCGUGUUCGUUGUCUCGGAGCAGUACCCGAAAGGCCUCGGGCACACGCACCGCGACAUUCAACUCCCGGCGGGUGCUGUUGUGGUGGAGAAGCUGACCAUGUCGAUGCUCGUGCCCGCGAUUUGCCCUCACAUCUUCGGCGACGCCGCACGCGGCAUUCCUCCCGUGCAGCAGGUAAUCAUCUGGGGCCAUGAAACCUACGCCUGCAUCCUGCAGACGACGGACGAGCUGCUCGCACGCGGGAUUCGCGUGGCGGUGCUGGUGGACAGCAGCGGGGCGCAGGUCCCGGCGCACCACGACAUGGCCGUCAUGCAGAUGUCCCACUGGAGCGGUGCGAUGAUGACGACACUGCCGUCAGCGCUGAUGCAGCUGACGCGGUCUGAUGCGCGGUUUGUGAAGGACAUCAUUCGCAUCCUGAAGAAGUACGCCGUUGAUUGGGCGUCGACGCAGCCGAAGCCGAAGAAGCCGGAGGCGGGGGAAGAGAGGCCGCAGGAAGAGGCGAAUGCCGCGGCCGUCGCGGAGACGGAGUCGGCGUGGACCGGCAUGGACAGCUGA